GCCUGGCAUCCUCCCUGUGCAGGUCUGAACCUAACAGAGAUGGACUACCAGAUGAAACCCUCUGGAUCGGCAACGAAGAAGAGACCCUGGAGCUGCACAGAAACAGGAGCCUCUGCAGGCACUGGCAGCCUUAUGUGUCAGAGGCACUCCAGCCCGAAAGUGAUCUACUGCUGCACCGACAAGCAGAUCAUCUGCUCCGUGUGCGCUUCAUCCGAGCACUUCGGGCACACCUUCGGCUCUGUGGUGGAGGAGAGGAGGCGGAAACAGAAGGAGCUGAAUAUCAUGCAAAUAAAAUCCAAGCUGAUACUUCAGAAAGAAGAAAAUAAAUUGAAGAAAAUGGAGAACACUCUGGAACAUAUUCAGGAGGAGGUGAGAGAAACACAGGACUACUGUGAAAGUGUCUUGGUCGGCGUCAUUGACUGCCUCCAGAGACAUUACAUGUUGGUGAGGGAGCGGAUCAAAGGUCCAGAGACAGAGGCUCAGAGCUCCUUACAAACACUGCAGCUGAAGAUGAAGGAACUGAAGAAGAGAGACGCUGAGCUCCAUCAAUUCGCUCAGACUGAAAACGAUGUCCGUUUCUUGAAGAAAUGGCCCUCCCUGCAGUGUCUUUGUGAAAAGUAUCUUCUUCAUCCUCUUCAGGAGGUUUCAGAGGAUCCACUUCUCCCCUUUGAGUUUACAAAAAGAGCCGUGGAACAGCUAGGGAAGCAGCUGCAGGAUAUCUGUGACAAGGAAUUCGCCUCAAUCUUUCAAACUGCUGGUGGUGAAGAGCAGCAGCAAUCAGGAGGUGUCCCUGGAGUUAACACUGAGCUGAACGAGGAGCCCAAAACCAGAGCUGACUUCCUGCAGUAUGCUUGUAGAAUCAGGCUUGAUUGCAACACAGCACAUGAGGACCUGAUCCUCUCUGCAGGAGACACAGAGGUGAGGCUGAGCUCUCCAAAGAGUAAGAGCCCGGCUCGUUCCCCAUAUAGGUUCAUCCACCGCCGGCAGGUGCUGUGCAGGGAGGGGCUGCAGGCCGAGCGCUGCUACUAUGAGGUGGAGGUGGAAGGAGACAAGGCUGAGAUCGCUCUCGCAUACAGCAGGAUAUACAGGAAGUCUCUCACCCUUCAGUCAGCUUUUGGGGCAAAUGCAAAUUCGUGGAGUCUUGAUCGCUCGACAAACUACUCAGUGAGCCACAGAGCUAACAGCAUCCAGCUCACGUCAUUACCGAGUCACCGCAAACUCGGAGUUUAUCUGAAGUUUAGAGAGGGAACUCUUGCUUUCUACGAGGUAUCAGACACUAUGAAGUUUCUAUACAAGGUGCAGGCUGAGUUCACAGACCCUCUGUAUCCGGGCUUCUGGCUCGGAGAGAGAUGUUGCAUCAAGAUCUGUGAUCUGGGAUUGUGAUCUAUCGACUGCAGCACCAUAGAAAUAGUUUGAGAUAGCUAGCUACAGCACUCAAAGCUCUCUUCUUCUGAUGUUUUCUGAAGAUUAGUGGUCUUCUUAUAUGGUUCGUCCAAUAUAAAGUAGCCUGAGGAUUAAUUAAACAGUAGAUCCCUUUAAGCCCACUGUACAGGCUGUUGUGUUGACAAAAUGACAUAUUUUUGUACACUUGAAGGAACAGGAAUUUGGUGGAACUGAAACAAACUUAAAUCCAGAUUUAUUUGUUAUUAUUUUCAUGUAAUAGUCUGCCUACUGUGUCUUUAUAUUACCAUAAUAAUUCUGUAUAUGUCAACAUUAGUAAAACCAUAACAAAGAA